AUGGCUCGCGUACCGCAGAUGGAAACGGCGUAAACAAAGAGAAAAUAGACGAUAUAGAGUUCACCCAAUCCUACUUGACAGAAUGACUCAGAGUAUGUUCAUGACAUUAUAUCCGAAUCUCAGAGAGCACAAUGAAAAGUUCUUCAACUAUUUCCGGAUGUCAAUACAAUCUUUUGACGAUUUGCUGGAAAUUAUAAAAGAAGAUUUAAGUCCAAGUCAAAAUUAUGUUGUACGAGAUGUUGUUUCCGCAGAAGAAAAGCUGGUGAUCACUCUUAGAUAUUUGGCUACCGGAUGUUAUUUUGCAGACCUUCAUUAUGCCUAUAGAUUGGGAAAGUCGACAAUAAUCGAAAUCGUACAGAAAACGUGUGUUGUCAUUUGGAAGAAAUUGAAGAAUAUAGUGAUGAAAGAACCCACAAAAGAAAAAUGGAAAGAGAUUGCAGAAGGGUUUGAAAAAUUCACCAAUUUUCCGAAUUGUAUCGGCGCCAUAGAUGGAAAGCAUAUCAGAAUUAUAAAACCUGUCGAAUCUGGCUCACUUUUCUACAACUAUAAAAAUUUUCAUUCGACUGUAUUAUUGGCUAUAUGCGAUGCAAACUAUUGUUUCAUCUCAGUAGAUAUUGGAGCAUAUGGAAAGAGUAAUGACUCCAGCAUUUUCAAAAACUCCAGGUUCUAUGAAAGACUCAUGAAUAAUGAACUGAACAUUCCAGAUCCAAAACCGCUAUCGGAAAGAGAUCAGACUCCUUCACCUUAUGUCAUUGUAGGAGAUGAGGCCUUUGCUCUGAUGAAAAAUGUUAUGCGGCCUUAUUGUGGUAAAUCGCUAACUCAUAAAAAAAGAAUAUUUAACUACCGAUUAUCAAGAGCACGACGUUAUAUCGAAUGCUGUUUCGGUAUCUUGGUGAACAAAUGGAGAAUAUUUCACAGACCACUCAACGUGAAUAUAGAAUUUUCAGAAGACAUAAUCAAAGCCUGCUGUGUUCUCCAUAACUAUGUCAGAUUAAGGGAUGGUUAUAGAUUCGAUCACAUAUUAUAUAAUACAUCAUUGAAUAGUGUGCAAGGUGAUACCGCGAGACCAAGUGUAAGUUCCCGUAAUACAAGAGACCGAUUUGCUGACUAUUUUGUAAACGAGGGUCAACUGCCCUGGCAAAAUCAAAUGAUUUAAUAAUUUACCUUUGUAUUAUAUAAUGUAAUGAAGUACUUUUUUAUUCCGU